UGUCGUGUUAUGCUAUAUCAUGAUGCCCAUCAUAGCCCAACAUUCCAGCCUCCAGUUCCCCUUUGUGGGUCUCCAAGAAAGCUAUGGGAGGAUGUGUACACAGCAAUAGAGGAUGCAAGGCAUUUGGUUUAUAUUGCAGGCUGGUCUUUCAAUCCCAAGAUGGUUUUGGUUCGUGAUCCUGAAUCAGAUAUCCGUCAUGCAAGAGGUAUCAAGAUCGGUGAACUAUUGAAGAGGAAAGCUGAGGAAGGAGUAGCUGUGAGAAUCAUGCUUUGGAACGACGAAACAUCUUUGCCAAUAAUAAAGAACAAAGGGCUGAUGAGAACACAUGAUGAAGAUGCCUUCGCUUACUUCAAAAAUACCAAAGUUAUAUGCAAGUUAUGCCCAAGAUUACACAACAAAUUCCCCACUGUAUUUGCUCACCACCAGAAGACUAUAUCUGUGGACACAAGAGCACAUGAAUCUGCAGCUGAAAGAGAGAUCAUGAGCUUUGUUGGUGGACUAGAUCUUUGUGAUGGCCGCUAUGAUACAGAGAAGCAUUCCUUGUUCCAGACACUUAACACAGAAUCCCACUGCUAUGAUUUCUAUCAGACAAAUAUUGCAGGAUCUAGCCUGAAAAAAGGAGGGCCAAGAGAGCCAUGGCACGAUUGUCAUGCCUGUAUAACAGGCGAAGCUGCUUGGGAUGUAUUGGCCAAUUUUGAGCAAAGAUGGACAAAACAAUGUGACCCUUCUUUGCUUGUCUCUACAAGUAUCACUCAAAAUCUUGCACAACAAGCAUUUCCUUCAACUACAUCCAAUGAAAGGAAUUGGAAAGUGCAAGUGUUUCGAUCAAUAGACCACGUGUCAACGAUCAAGAUGGUGAAAAACUUAAGCGUGGAACGAAGCAUCCAUCAAGCUUAUGUAGAAGCAAUAAGGAGGGCUGAGAAGUUCAUCUACAUUGAGAACCAAUAUUUCAUUGGAGGAUGCCAUUUAUGGGAGAAGGACAGGCAUUGCGGAUGCAGAAACUUGAUCCCUGUAGAAAUUGCACUCAAAGUAGCGAACAAGAUCAAGUCAAAAGAGAGGUUUGCAGUGUAUAUAUUGAUACCUAUGUGGCCUGAAGGAGUGCCUGAAAGUGAAUCAGUCCAAGAUAUACUGCACUGGACAAGGGAAACAAUGUCAAUGAUGUAUAAGCUCAUCGGUGAAGCCAUUAAAGAGAGUGGUGAGGCAGGUCAUCCACAAGAUUAUUUGAACUUUUUCUGCCUCGCAAAUAGGGAAGAAGAGAACAAAGGAGAAUAUGUGCCUCCAUGUUCUCCUCACCCCUUGACACAGUACUGGAAUGCCCAGAAGCACAGAAGGUUUAUGGUAUAUGUCCACUCCAAGCUAAUGAUCGUGGAUGAUGAAUACCUUCUAAUCGGAUCAGCCAACAUAAACCAACGAUCCAUGGACGGGCAACGGGACACUGAAAUUGCAAUAGGAUGUUACCAGCUCAAAACUGAUAAUGAUCAUGAAAUCAAAACCAUAAGCUCUGGUGAUGUACAUGCUUACCGUAUGACACUCUGGUAUGAGCAUGCUGGACUAAUUGAAGCAUCAUUUUACAUGCCUCAAAGCCUGGAAUGUGUGCAUAGAAUACGAUCCAUUGGACAAAAAAUGUGGAAAAUUUACAGUGGAGAAGAAGUUGUUGACAUGGAAGGGGUGCACCUUGUAACAUACCCCAUUGAAGUAACGGAGGAAGGUUUGGUUGAAGAUCUGGUUGAUAAUGAUGGCAAUUUUCCUGAUACAAAAACUCCAGUUAAGGGAAGGAGAUCAAAAAUGCUGCCACCAAUUUUCACCACAUAGUUGCCAUUGUCGUCAUUAUCAUCACACCUAGCAGCAUUAAUACUGUUUUAGAAAUUAACACACAGGGAGGUGAAUUAACAUUUGACAUUAAACAUCAACAUACUGUAAUCAAAAUGCUAAAAAUUUCAAAAAUUGCAGAACAUGAUGCCAGUUCUCUUCUUGACUAAUACUCAGAACCCAAAGUCUUUUUUGGCGCUGCUUACUAGUCAAUUUAGAUUAGAGAGCAUCUGCCAAGGGAGCA